AUGGAUGACGAUGAGCAAGACGUUUAUGUGGCUCAGCUUCACGAAGUCUUCGAUAGUUGUGACCGUACUGGGAAAGGUUUUUUAGACCGCGCAGAACUCGUUGAAUUGUGUAAAAAACUUCAGUUGGAUGACCAAAUCCCUCAGCUCUUGCAGCAGUUAUUAGGAAAUGAGGAAUCUAAUGGACAGGUGAGUUUUGAAGACUUCAAAGAAGGAUUUGUUGCUGUGCUAUCUUUAGCUAUUGAUAACUUGUCCUCUAGUGAAGAUGAAGCUGACAGCACACUUGACAAUGCAGAACCACCAAAGCUUGUUGUUAAUGAGAAGAGGUAUGGCAGGAAAAGCAAGCCAGAUACUUCAUAUUCUGAAGACUUGUAUUCUGCUGAUGAUGAGAGUCUAUCAGAGAGUAGGACUGACAACCAGACAAGUAUGAAACUCACAAAUGGAGUGAGCGAAAAACAUGAAGAGGAAACACAUCAAAAAGAAAGGGGGAAAGUAAAAAGAAGACUAUCAAGUAGGAAAAGCAGCUUAAGAAACAGCAUUCGAAGACAUAACUCCAUGAAAUGGCAAAAGAGAACUCUUUCCCAAGAUGAAACAGAAGUUCUUGAAGCCAGUGGUGAGAUGAAGCCCUCCCAAAGCCCUAUUCCUGCUAAUUCAGGGUAUGCCUCACCUACUGAACCAUCAGAAGAGGAUCAGCUCAAAGCAAUAUGGAAUGAAGUACAUGUUGGCGCUACAGGUUUUCUUGAUCGGCAUGAACUAGCUCUGGUUUGUGAUCACAUUGGUAUGGAUUCCAUGAAUGAGCAGGAGUUGACUUUGCUGUUCCAAGAAUUAGACGAAGACGAUGAUGGGAAAGUCAGUUUUGAUGAGUUUCUCAAUGGUUUGUUUGCUGCUAAAGAUCACUAUCAGGACAGUAUCAUUGAAGAAGARGUCAUGGAUGUCCAACAAUCAACUCCUUACUCCAAACCCCAUGUCAAUGGAUUAGCAUCUAGUGGUAGAUUAAAGAACACAUCAAGUAGAUUUGAUGACUUAUUUUUAUCAAGAACAAGUGCAUCAUCUAGUUUUGACCUUUUAUCUGUUUUGGAUCCUGACAAUACUGGUUUUGCUAAGAUUGAAGAUAUUAAAGAUGUAUGGGCAGCACAAGGAUUGGAUGAUGCUAUCGAGUUAUUAGAGGACUAUCCAAUGCACUAG